AUGGGCAACUCUCAGGUACACGACGAGACGCCCCCCUCGCAGACGGUGCUGCUCCUGCGCGCGCCGCGGCAGAGGUACGACCUCGUGGAGGCGUAUCCCGUCCCGCGGCUGGCGCACGAGUCGGAGGUGCUGGUGAGGAACAGGGCCAUUGGCCUGAACCCGAUUGACUGGAAGGCACCGGACUUUGGCUUUGGGCUGCCGCCGCUGCCGUGCAUCGCGGGCCGCGAGCUGGCGGGCGAGGUGGCGCAGGUCUCGCCCGGCAACACCAGGUGGAAGGUCGGCGACAGAGUGGCCGUCAUCUCCACCGACUACCGCGACCCGCGCAAGGCGGCGUACCAGCAGUUCGUCGUGGCGCGGGAGCACACGGUGGUGCGGCUCCCGGCGCGCAUGAGCUACGAGCAAGGGUCGGCGUUUGGCGUCGCCUUUGCGGCGGCCGCCCUGGCGCUGGGCGUCUCGCUGGGCGCCGACUUCUCGGCGGUGCUCGACGGGCCCGACCUGUACCGGGCGGUGCGCGGCCUCGGCGAGGACCAGCUGCCGCGGGACGUGGCCGUCGAGUGCCUGGACGGGCUGGAGCCGGACGAGCGGCCCGCGGCGGGCGACUGGCUCGCCGUCUGGGGCGGUAACUAG